AUGUUUAAGGUGGCAGCUAAUCACAAAGUGAAUUUAAUGACCGCAAAUAAUCUCAGCGUUGUGUUUGGACCAAAUCUCACGUGGCCUACUGAUCAGCAGGUGCCUAUCGCCCAGCUGAACAAUUUGAACAAUUUCUGCUACAGGCUCAUCGUUGAUUAUGACCAGAUUUUCAAGUAA